UGGUUUUUGUCCCCUAUUUGAGGGAUGUUAGCGCGAGGGGGUCAUUGAUGUGGGAAGAAGCUGGAGUACCCAGAGUGAACCCACGUGUCCAAGCGGGCGACCGCCAUACCCUAUCACAUACAACCGCUGUCGAUCACGAGGAUCAAACUCGGGUCGCAGCUGUGAGAAGCGAGUGCAUUGUCCACUACAGUACUUGGACACCCUUUAAUUUUUCAUAAUUUAAAUUAUCUUCAAUUAAAACAUUUGGAACGUUUUUAUUCAAGUUUAGGGCAAUAAACAUCGAUAAAUGCCAGUCAAUCAAUGAUUGAAUAAACUUUAAAAAAAAAAAAAAAAAAAGAUUGCGGCCAAUAUGGUGGUGCCCAGAGCUGGAAGAAAUUUUUUAGCCCACAGUACCCCUGAUUCAACUUUCACUUUUUCACGGAUUUUCCUAUAUAUACGUGUUACCAUUAAUCCUCACUUCGUGAAUUGGGCUGCGCACGCCUCUCGCUGUGCUCGGUAUGAAACAUUUUAUUAAAUUAUCAAAUGCUUAAGUUAUUUUAAAUAUUUUGGGGGAUUGUGCUGCUGCUGCAAGUGGUGAUAUGAUGGAUAUGAACUUUUUCUAAUGGUUUAAACUUUAUUAUGAUACUCUUUGUUUAUGUAGUAGGAAAGGAGGAAUAAGCAUAUAAUUACAAUGUAAAUAUAUGGUUGGACCAGGAAUCAAAUCAGGGACUCUGCAACUGUAGUCAGGAUCUUAUCUACCACUGAGCCACAUAAUGACUUAUGCAAUUAUCCAUGCACGGUCCAUAUAACCCCAACCAAUGCAUUCUUCCCACCUUAAGUAGUCUUCAACCCUGAAAACACAACCAUACAUGGUAACCUCCAGUGGUGAAAAAGAGUAUAUAAGACAAACUUGGUACAUUGAAUGAAACGAUGGCAAGUCAAAAAGGAGUAAACAAUCCAAUUGAACCAAUGGAGGAUGGACGGAGCAGGAAUACACCUGGAAGAAAAACUGGGCUAAGCUUUUCUUCAGAAGAUGAAGAUGAACUUGUCGCACCUAGCCCAGUGUUUUUAAAAUUUUCCAGACAAAGGAAGAGAGAUGGAAGUAGAAAAGGUCUGAAUAAUGAUGAGUUUAAGUCUAAUGAUAGUACUCAAUCAAGUGCUGAAAGUCAUUCGAAAGAGGCUAUGUUUUAUUCAGUGCGAAAACCAAAAAUACGACUGGAAGAUGCAUAUGCGGACAUAAACAGUAAUUUGACGCUGCCGAAAGUGAAUACAGACAAUGAUACGCAUUCAGGAAAAUGCCAGAACAAGACAAGAAACAUGAAUAGGUCCAGUGAGGCUAGCAGUGGCUACAUCCCCGAUUCUAAUCUUAUGGAUAAAGCUCGAAAGUACUCCCAGAAAAUUAGCAGCAAGCUGAGAGAAGAGAAGAAAGCCAUUGCUAAGCAAUAUUUUCAUGAAUUACUCCAUUCAUGUGAUGGAAAUAGCAAUGAAGAUGUAGAGUGUAGAAAUUCACACCAUAAGAAAACUCAUAGGAAAAAAAGAAAAGCUGAAGUCCCAAAUGAUAUUUCUCCAGGUUGCCAUAAUGGAAGAGAUGAAGAAAGUCAUCAUCAAGAGGAGAAGAGAUGCAAGAAAAAAAAGUCAAAGGCUGCUCAAAGAUUAAGUUUGAAUGGAAGAAACACUGUAUUCGAAGCUCUAAGCACAGAGAAAGACUAUGCUUGUAAAACGUCAUCUGUUGCAACUCCCAACAGUGAAAUGCUGGAUCACAGCAGCAGUAGUGUUGGAGGAGGAAUCUCAGAGGAGCGAAAUAUUCUCAGGGACAUGCUGUCUAUGGAUAGUGUAGAUGAAAUACAUGAUAAACCUCAGAGAAGAUGCAGGCAAGAUUUAUGCAGGAAUAUUCCAAAGGAAUUGCAAUGGCCCUCUGCAUCAGAAUCAGAGCCCGAAGAAGAUGGUGUUGAUGUAAAUUUGACUUGUUCUCUGCAACAACAACAGUCAUCUAAGUGCUCUCCUGUUUUGAGAAACUUUGGGAAUAAUACUGGUAUGCAAACAAACAGAAGAAGUGCUUCAAGUAAUGAUUCUUCCCCUAUGGUUAGAAGAAAAUCGGGUAAACAAUGUCAGAGUUUUAACAUUGUAGAUCAAGAUGACAUGGAUCAGGCUCAUGAUCUGUACAACAAUCAUAUGUGGAUGUUCAACGAUACAAACUUAUCAGAGGGUGCAACAGCCAUACAUUCUAUCCAAGUGAGUAGUGCCAGUGGAGAUGUGAAGCAACCAACACAUGUGGAUUUAAGAGAAAAUUCACCUGACUCUGAACAAGAAUCGGGUAGAGAAUGUAGAACAGGAAGAAACAAUGUCACAGUAAUAUCCAUAUCAGAUGAUGAUUCCAUUUCCGGAGAAUCUGCUUCAGAAAAUACUGGUAUAGAAGAAGACAGUCUAGAUGGACCUAACAGGGAAAGGUUUAGGAUGAUACGGAGUCGUCGAUCUGCAGAUAGAAGAGAUAGAGGAUGGUCAUCUGUAGAAAGACCUGAGAAUGAUAGGCCAGUGCUACCAAACCCCAAUUUCUUGUUUCCCACCCAGAAUCCUUUGCUGGCUGCAAGACUGACCUCCCCAGAUGCUCCAGGUCAAAGGGCAUUGACUAGAAGUAGUGUUAAAGGGAGACCACUGAGGCCCAAUAGGAACUGUCGUCAGCGCCACGAGGUUCAGGCAUCCCCGCGGUCCCAGCGGAUGUUCCAAACAGUCACCCAGAUGGACGGGGACGAGGAGAUGGCCCGCCGUCUUCAGGAGGAAAUGGAUUUUGAGUAUGCAAUGACUCUACACAAUGCGGAGUCCCAGGUUCAGCCCCCACCCUGUCACCGCCUGUCUGAGUACCACACCCACGAUAGUGACUCCCCCACCACCAUGCUCACCCGGGGGAUGAGGCAGGCCACCAGAGAUAUGGAUAUUGUCUUGGAAACUUUGUUCCAUGAAGAAUCAGAAGAUAGUUCAAAUGAGAAUUCUAUGCUGGGGCUCACCUUUGGGCCUCCCAUGUUGAUAUCACACAAUGCCAAUCGUCGUGGACACAGAACAAGGGGGAGGCGUCACGAUUGGACUGAGAGACUCUUGCAGGAUGAAUUACAACAGGGAAGAAAUCAUCUCCCGAGAAGAAUUUUGUCUCACAGCAGGACCUUCUCUUCGAAUGAUUAUGAGGAUCUUCUCAGUAUAGCAGAACUUCUGGGAGAUGUGAAACCGAAAGGAAUAUCGAGCGAAGAUGUGACUUUGCUUCCAGAGAAGAAGUUUCACCCUAACAACAAGAUGACCUCGUGUUCCAUCUGCAUGAGUGACUACACUCUGAAUGAGAGACUGAAGAUUCUCCCUUGCUUCCAUGAAUUUCAUGGAGAGUGCAUAGAGAAAUGGAUUGUCACGAAUGCUACUUGCCCUAUUUGUAGAGUUGAGGUAAAAGUAUGAACUCAAAAUAAAGUAUGCCUGUUUGGACCUGAGCAGUUGAAUUGCAGAUCAUCCCUUGUUGGUAGAGGAACAUUCCUGCAGUAUUUAUUUGGAGAUGAAUUGGAACUGUUGAGUUUUAUUUUGUGUAUGCAUGGUUUGUGAGUGAAUCAAUACACGUUAUUUCAUUGUCUGUAUAUACAUGUAUAUGCAUUGUACAUCUAGGUUGUUGAAACAGAGUGGAUAUGCUCUAGAUGAUUUAUCAAACUUGUAAAUUUUCUAUUCACUCGGGAAUGUUGAAUUAUUUAUUUGAUAGCUACAGGUAGUUUUCAUCUCAGUUGCUAGUUCGUAGAUUAAAUAUUUUCCUCUGAAAAUCCCAAUCCCCAAACUGGCAAGAAUUUGUCUAAUUUAAAAGCAUUAUGUUUAUUUAUUAUUAUUGAGUAAUUUUGUUUUGAAACCAUAUUUAUCAGAUUUUUUCCUUGCUAAGAUUAAUAUUGUUUGUGAAAGGCAUACCACUAACCAUUGCUUGUCAAAUUCCAUAGAUUUAUUGAAAUAUUAUUGUUUAAUUGCCAUUUAUGUUUUGAAAAUGUCUUGAAUUUUUUAAAAUUGAAAUUCCUCUUCUUUGAACUGGUUGCAUUAUUGUCAAGUCAUAUGAAAUCGUUUUGAGUAAUGACUGUUUAUUUGGCAGUGUAUGUGCGGUAUGUUGUUACAAGUUUAUAUACUGUAGAAUCAUUUAAAUUCGUGGGGGGCAAUUUUCGGGGAUUGCUUACCGGUAAGUUUGACAGGUUUGUGGGGACGUAAUUUCGUGUAUUCUCGUAUACCUACAAAAGGAAAUAAGACUUUAUUGCCUUAAUUUAUGAAUUCGUCGAGGAUGUUAAUUCAUGGAUAAGAGGUACCCAGGAAUUCCACGAAAAUUGAGCCACCACGAAAUUUAAUGAUUCCACAGUAUUAGAAAAUCAGUUGGGUUUUUUUUUGUUUGUUUUUAUUUAAACAGAUAUUAAAGUCAAAGCAUUAAUCAUAGUCAUUCAAACUUGCAAGUAUGCAAUUUUUUAGGUUAAAUCAGACUGAAACCUUUGUUUUAUCGCAACAGUGCAGUCAACCAGUCUUAACAAUUAGUCAAUUAUGCUAUAUACAUGUACAUGUACAUAUAUUGCAAUGUGAGUGAAAUUAAGUAUGAGUUAUAAACAAUAAGAAACUCCAGGUGUGGGGACAUUUGCUGUGAUAAUUACAAUCUUCACCUCAAAAUGUGAUCACCUUACUCAGAUUGUUCAAAUUAAGCAGGUUUUUUUUUAAAUGUAUCAUUUCUUUGUUAAACCUUUUCCUUAAGUUACUCCAUUGCAUAUGUUUAAUAUUUGAAGUCCAUUUCUAUAAAGUUUGAAGAUCAUUUUACUUUUUUUCUUGAAUUAAGAGGGAAUGUUAUAUCAAUUUCUUUUUUAAUUUUGUUUAAUUACUUGACAAGCAGUACUUUGUUGUCUAAUCAUUUCUUACUAACUUUUAAGUUGACCCCAAGAAGAAAACUAUCUUUAUUUGCUCUCAAACUUGUGACGCCAGCUGUUGUACACUGUAAAAUUUGUGUUGUGUAUGAAGUAUGUGGCAUUUCACUUCACACACAAUUUAGUUAGCUGAUACCAGUGAAUUCUUUGUGAAAGAGUGGUAUAUGUUGAGCAAUGCCAUCUAUUAAAAAUGGCAUCCUUUAGAAUGCAUAAAUGGCUGGAAGUGUAUGUGGUUUUCAUAAGUGCUUAUUAAAAUUUUACAUUACUGGAAUUCCAUAUGAGAAGUCAUUUGGAUUUAAUAUACAUGUAUAAUUCUUCACUAUAGGAUUAUUUUCUUUUUGUACUGGUGUUAUAAAUCUAAUAAAUUUAUGCACAUUUCAAGGCCAAGUUUUGGAGUAUUCAGAGAUAACACUUUAACUCAAAAAUCCUCGUUAUGAAUUAAAUUCAAAUUUUUCUGUUCUUUGAAGAUGAAAUGUCAAAAAGAAAAAAAAUGUUAAUUUGGUCACAAUUCAUUGGCUACGAGGAUGGUCUUGCUACUGAAAUUGCUUAUGAUGAGACAACAAUUUUGUAUGGGUUUGAGAUUAUGCAAGAACAAAUAAAAAUGUUUUUUUCUGAUGUGCUAAUAAGUACUGUACAUGUAAUGGGUAGUUUUUUUUUUUCUUUAAUAAACAGAGAGAUGGAUUAUAUUGUAUAUUUGUGGUAUUCUUUGUUUGUGAGAAGAUCGUAAGUGUUAAGUAACAAAAUUAUGGAGGACUUGCUUUUAUAGACUGGUUCAAUAUAGAUAGAAAAUAAUCCUUAUAUUUUGUUUUAUUAACUUAUGAAAUUGAAAUUUACAAAUUUACAUGUUUUCAUUUACAGAUGGACCUGUUAUGCAAUAUGUAUUCCAAAAAAUCUCAUUAAAAUUUACCUGAGAAUUCCA